ACGGGGCCGCGCCCGCGCGGUUCGAGCGCGGCCAUGGCGGAGCCGGGGAUGGAGCCGGAGCCGGAGCCGGGCCCGGAGGCGGUGACGGCCGAGGCGGUGCUGAGGGAGCUGCGGCUCUUCGAGCUGCGCUGCGAGGGCGAGGAAGUGCCCGACAAGCUGGUGGAGCUGUGCCUGAGCCACGGGCUGGGCCCGGUGGCCUUGGCCAACGAGCUGCUGGCCUUCGUCACCAGCAAAGACCUGGACCUGCAGCUGAGCGCCGAGGGCCUGGACGCCUUCGAGCACGAGGUGCUGGCCAAGCGCGGCGGCCGCGGCCGGCGCGGCCGGGACGAGCGCCGGGGGCUCCUCCACGACAUCCACUCGCUGCAGGAGCUCCUCGACGAGGAACAGGAGGACGAGCUGCUGGAUGCCUACACCACCCCGUCCAAGGGCUCCCAGAAACGCAGCAAUUCCACGCCAGAGACGCCCCGGCCCAAGCGGGCGCCGUCGUCCCGCAGCCCCUACGGGCUCUUCUCCCCCGGCAGCUUCUCCCCAAGUGUCACCCCCUCCCAGAAAUACUCGUCCCGGGGGGGCCGGGGCGAGGUCGUGGCCUCGUUUGGCUCCGUGCAGGGCCCGGCCUGGAGCGGCCGCGGCGGCUGCGCCGUCAGGAUGUUCGGCUGCCCCGAGCAGAGCCUCAGCAAACCCUACAAAUUCAUGUUCCAGAAGGCGCUGGACGUGCGGGAAGCGCUGGCCGAGCGCAUGGAGGAGCUCGGGGAGGUUCUGCGGAGGCACCACGGCCUGGACGCCUUCAGCUCCGCUGUGCUCCCAGCCCAGGAGCCGGUGACGGUGCUGGGGCAGAUCGGCUGUGACGGCAACGGGAAGCUCAACGCGCGCUCCGUGCUGCUGCUGGGGGACAGGGAGCACUCGGGGGGGGCCCAGGUCCCUCUGGACCUCUCGGAGCUUCCAGAAUAUUCCCUGUUCCCGGGACAGGUGGUGGCACUGGAAGGCACCAACAGCACGGGCGGGAGGAUGGUGGUGACCAAGCUCUACGAGGGGGUCCCUCUGCCCUUCCACACCCCCACGGAGCCGAUGGCAGAGCAGAGGAUGGUGCUGGUGGCCUGUGGCCCCUUCACCCCCUCGGACAGCGUCGCCUUCGAGCCCCUCAGUGACCUCCUGGAGGUCGUGGCCCGCGACCGCCCCGACGUUUGUGUCCUGCUCGGGCCGUUCCUGGACGCCAAGCACGAGCAGGUGGAGAGCUGCCAGCUGCUGAGCCCCUUCUCCGACGUGUUCCGCCUCUGCCUCCGGACCGUCAUCGAGGGCACCCGGAGUGCUGGCUGCCAGCUGGUGCUGGUGCCCUCUCUCCGGGACGUCUCCCACGACUUCGUGUACCCGCAGCCGCCCUUCUCCUUCCCGGACCUGCCCAAGGAGGACAGAGCGCGCGUGCUCCUGGUGCCCGAGCCCUGCACCCUGGACAUCGACGGCGUCGUCUUCGGCCUCACCUCCACCGACCUCCUCCUCCACAUGGGGGCUGAGGAGAUCAGCAGCUCCUCCGGGGUCUCCGACCGCUUCACGCGGAUCCUGCGGCACGUCCUGACCCAGCGCAGUUUCUACCCCCCGUACCCCCCCUCCGAGGAGCUCAACGUGGAUUUCGAGGCGCUGGCGGCGUUCGCGGCGCUGCCGGUGACCCCCGACGUGCUGGUGACCCCGUCCGAGCUGCGCUUCUUCGUCAAGGACGUCCUGGGCUGUGUCUGCAUCAACCCCGGCCGUCUGACCAAGGGCCAGGCCGGGGGCACCUACGGGCGGCUGCUGCUGCGGAGGGAGCGG